CCUGGCCCACUUUAUUCUUUGAUAUUAUAUGACUGAUUCUUGCAGGCUUUUGAGUUUGUAGUCCCUGCUGUGGAUAUAAGAGGAAACCAGCUUCCUAAAACCUGGAGGCAAAGGAAGGGAACAGAAUUCUAGUGGGAUAGAGAGAGUAGGACUGAGAAAGGGGUGCUCCAUAGCAGGACAGAUGCCACAGGAACCAGGAUUCCCAGCUUCCCUCAUCAUGCAGUGAGACGGAGAAGCCUCUCUAAUACUCUUGGUUUCUCCCUAAAAUCCCCCAAUGGGUGGGGAAGAGCUGAUCACAGCUCUGAACACUAACCCUGCCUUCUUCUCCAUAGGCCACGGUGCCUGGUGCUAAGUGGUCCCCCAACCAGCGUCCAACCCUGGUGGAUUUUGUGGGGGACUUCACCAAGAACAUGAGUCUCAUGACCUGUGGGAAUGUGGUCUUGGUAAGUGAAGUGGGAAUGGACUCUCAGUGGGAAGGGACUGAGGUGCGAGGCUCCAUACUAGAGGGAAGAGAAAAGGGAGAUCAAUAGGUAAGUUGAUCAACAGGGAGCUCAGAGAACUUGGAAAGCAGUGAGGGGCAGGCAGAAGGAUGCCUUAAGGGAGGGACAGUCCCCAGCCUACAUUUCUGCCUCCUCCUCUGAGGGUCCCCAAGCCAUUCAAGAGUCUGAGAAUCAUGUCAAUUGAGUAAAUGUCCGGAAGAUUCGUUCGUGCUACACAGUCACAUCUGCCCCCAGGCUACAUUCUGGGGCCCAGAGCCUCAUGCAGGUCAGCCUGCCAAACUGCAUCACUUCUGUCACCCCUGCCCAGUGUACUACAUCCCCUUCUUUCCUCAUUGCCUCUCCUUUCAGGUUGCAGGUUUGGGCCAGCUGAAGCCCAAUUUGCUGGUUUGGGGAUAUAAGCAAAAUUGGCAGGAGGUGCCGAUAUCAGCUGUGAAGGACUAUGUCAGCAUUCUUCAGUAAGUGUUGGGAGAAAGGUGAAGAUGGGCUUAGAGAUGAUCAGGAACCAGAGGAAGAGGAAAUAUCCUUAUGGUGAAGCCCUGUUCCCUCCAGCUACCCAGGAGUACCUGUGUUACCAGGAAGGGGAGCUCCCCUCUCUUCAGCUCUUGCUCCUAAUCUCUUUUUUACCCCCAUAAAGUGAUGCCUUUGACUACAACUAUGGCAUCUGCCUCUUAAGGAUGCAAGGUGGCUUAAGCCUGGCUACCCAACAUCAAGCUCUAGUAUCCUUACACCGGCAGCCUCAAACCUCAUUCCAGUCCAAGCAGGGCUGGCGGACACUGGACGUGUACGGGCUCUGUGAGAAUGGAGGGCUGACUAUGCUGAUCCCCUAUGUACUGACACACACAAAAAAAUGGGCUCGAUGUCCUGUACGAGUUUUUGUGAGCAGUCCCCCUGAGCAGCUGGAGGAGAAACACAAAGAGAUACAUUCCCUCCUCAGAAGGUUCAGGCUUGGCUUCCAACAUGUGACUGUACUACCUGAGCUCACGGGCAAACCUCAAGAGACGAGCCAAAAGGCUUUUGAAGACUUGGUGGCCUUUCACUGGUUGCAGAAGCCACCACCAAAGGGGGACCUGGAAUCUAGCUCUCUCAACACUCCUGAUCCUUCGGGCUACAUCUCUGAGCAGGACCUACAGGGGAACCAAAAGCAGAUGGAGUGGCACAUGUGUCUUCAUGAAGUCCUAUGGCAAUAUUCCCAGGAUGCUGCCCUCAUAGUAAUGAGCCUACCUGUCAUCCCUUGGUCAGCCUGCCCUGGGGCCCUCCACAUGACCUGGCUGGAGAUGCUGUCCAGGGGCCUGACAUGCCCCAUUGCCUUCAUUCAUGGAAAGCAGCAGGACUUGGCAGUAAGCGACUCAGGAGAGACUGAGCUAGGAAGAGUUGCCCACAAUUUAGGACUCAAGGAGCCAUGAUUUCUUGGCUCCACAAACUUUGAGGCUACCCUUGGGAAGCCUCAGACAAGAGCCCAAAACUCCCUGAGGAAAGAACUUCCCUACUACGCAAUACCAACUGGGACUACAGUGCUAAAGAAGGUCCUCCCUCCAAGAUCCAUUUCACCCCUUAAUAUUAAU